CACAAUUAGCUGUGCACGUGAGAUUGUAAUGUUUUUGGAGUCUUGCCCGUUAAUGUGAUAAAAAAAAAAUAAUCUGUAGUGUCGUCACACUACUUUCGUUGCUACUGGCAGAGGGAGAAGAAAAACGAAUAAUUCUGUGCACGAGAAAAAAAAAUAUAAAUAGAUGUAUUUGCUUAUGUAUAGUUUGAAACAUUUAAGUAGUAUUUAGAAUUGUUCUAAUGUCAUGAAUAUAAAUACUUAACACUUAUUGAUGUACACAUUUGAUUUAUUAAAUAAAUUGUUAUUUAAUUCUGAAGCUUAAUAUUUUAAAAACUUUGGAACGAUAAUUUACUCAAGACGAAUAAUACGAACUCCGCUGAAUUAACAUCAAUCAAUUUUCAAUUAAAUUGUCUCGUAUUGUUUCUAUCAAAAUGUCUAAGAUGAGGAAAAGAAGUGAUGCUAGCACUCGUUUGGAUUACUAUCAUAAAGUCGUACAAAACAUUAUAUUAUGCCAUCAAAAUCCUGUAACCGGUUUAUUUCCUGCUAGUCCUACAAAUUCAGAUGCAUGGAUUCGUGAUAAUGUUUAUACAGUUUUAGCUGUCUGGGGAUUAUCAAUGGCUUGUAAAAAAAUGGCUGACAUGGAUGAAGACCGAGCAAAAACUUAUGAGCUUGAACAGAGUUGUGUGAAAUUAAUGCGUGGAUUAUUAAUGGCUAUGAUGCAACAAAAAGAAAAAGUUGAAGAAUUUAAAGUAUCUCAGAACCCUUUACAUUCUUUACAUGCCAAGUAUAGUUCAGUAACAGGACAAACUGUUGUUGGAGAUAAUGAUUGGGGACACUUGCAAAUUGAUGCUGUUUCCUUAUACUUAUUAAUUUUAGCCCAAAUGACAGCAUCGGGUCUCCAGAUUGUAUUUAACUUGGAUGAAGUUUCGUUCAUACAAAAUUUAGUUUUUUACAUUGAGAGUGCAUACUGUGUGCCUGAUUAUGGUAUAUGGGAGCGUGGUGAUAAAUCAAAUCAUGGGCUUCCUGAAUUAAAUGCAAGUAGUAUUGGUAUGGCUAAAGCAGCCUUAGAAGCUAUGAAUGAUCUUGAUUUAUUUGGAGCCAGAGGAGGUCCUUCUUCUGUCAUACAUAUAUUGUCUGAUGAAGCACAAAAAUGUCAAGCAGUUUUACAAUCAAUGUUACCAAGAGAAUCUAACUCAAAAGAGUUAGAUAGUAGUUUACUCUCUGUCAUCAGUUUUCCAGCAUUUUCUGUUGAUGAUCCACAACUUAUUCAGCUAACAAGAAAUGAAAUUGUUACUAAACUUAUGGGUAAAUAUGGUUGUAAAAGGUUUUUAAGGGAUGGCCACAAAACUCCCCGUGAGGACCCUAACAGACUUCACUAUGAUCUCCACGAACUGAAAAUGUUUGAAAGAAUUGAAUGUGAAUGGCCACUUUUUUUUUGUUAUUUAAUAUUAGAUUAUUGUUUUCAAAAUGAUAUGGAAACAGCUAACUUUUAUGUUGAUGCUUUAGAAAAGGUUAUGAUUUCAUCUGAUGAUAAUAUAAAAUUGGUACCAGAACUUUAUGCAUUAGAAAAUGAGAACAUACUUGCAGAAUUUGAAAAUCCAGGAAGUCAAAAAAGGAUAGCUCUUGGAAGAUGUCCUUUUUUAUGGGCACAGUCCUUAUAUAUGUUAGGAAAAUUGCUGCAAGAUAAUUUUUUAGCUGUUGGUGAGCUGGACCCACUAAAUAGAAGAUUAUGUUUAGAAAAAAAACCCGAUGUUGUGGUCCAGGUUGUAGUUUUAGCUGAAGAUAACUCUAUCCGUGAUUUAUUGUUACAGCAUGAUUUAGCUGUUCAAACAAUUUCUGAUGUAUCUCCUAUUGAAGUUCAACCAUCAACUGUACUUAGUCAUUUAUACACUUACUUAGGUCGUAAUGAAAAACUUGGAUUAUCUGGUCGUAAAUCACAUGAUGUAGGUAUUCUUAGUACCAGUAAAUUAUAUGCUUUACAUGAUCGUAUAUUUGCAUUUACACCACAGAUUACAGAUCGUCAUCGUUACUAUAUAGCAUCAGAUAACAAUUUAAUGAUUGACUUAUUUAAAAAUGAAAUAAAUUUUUUAAAAUCCAACUGGCACAAUAUACUAGGCCGUCCAACUGUAGUCAUCAUACUUAAAAAGUUAAAUCUUGAUCAAGGAAAGAUACAGUUACCUAUGAUUACAACAAUUAAAAAGUUGAAAAGUGGUUACAUUAAUGGAACUAGAGUAACAUUAGGAAACCUCAAUGAUUUUUUAAGUACAUCUUGUAUUACCAAUUUGAGUUUCUUAGGAAGCCAAGAACUGGGAAUGCCUAAUAAACUUAACACCCAAGUUGAACAAUAUUUGGAUCAACAUAUAAUAAAGAAUCUUUCAAAUCAAUCUACACUGUUAACUCGUAAGCCAAGAAAUAAUCCUAAAAUUAAAAGAAAAAUGUCUGUCAAAGGAGCUAUUAAAAAAACUAGGUCCUUCAUGCUUGAUGCUGAAGAACGUCGUGUUCAAGUAACAGAAACACAAAUUGCUUCAAAAUUAUUAGAUAAAAGAAGUCCAACACCAGAAAAAAAGCCUGUUGUUAAUACUAAAAGAGAACAUCAUAGACUCCACAACCGUUUCAAAGGCAGUUCUGAGCUCUUAUAUGCUGAAGCAGAAUUGGAUAGUGUUUUAGCUAUGUUAAGUGACUCUGAUUUACUCGAAGAAAAAGGUGAUAUAUUACAGUACUUAGUAGAUACAUAUGGUUUGGAGUAUGAUACAGGUUUAAAAGAAGAUGAUAAACCAGUGUUAGUAAAAGAUUUAUUGAAAAUUCUUUAUGAAAAAGCAUGCCAACAAAAUUUGUGGGGUCUAGUUCGACAUACAGCUGGAAUGUUAGGAAAAAGAGUUGAAGAUCUUGCCAAAGCUCUCACAGAUUUAUUAGUUCGUCAAAAACAAGUAACUAUUGGCAUGCCUCCAUUCAAUGAGCACACAAUAUCUACUCCUUUGCCUGAAAACGAACUACGACAAGUUAUUCAUGAUGCAUAUGGAGAUGAUGAGAGUACAGCUAUGUUAACUCAAGAACUAUUGGUUUAUUUAGCCAUGUUUGUACGAACUGAGCCUCAACUAUUUUCUGAAAUGCUUAGACUCCGCGUAGGAUUGAUAAUUCAGGUGAUGGCUGGUGAGUUGUCUCGUACACUGAUAUGCUCCGGCGAGGAAGGAUCAGAACAUUUGUUUAAUUUAUCUCCAUUUGAAAUGAAAAAUCUUUUACAUCAUAUUAUGAGUGGAAAAGAAUUUAUACUAAGCAGUGUUGGUCGUGGAAAUUUUUCAGUUAUUAGUUAUAAAUCAAGUCAUGUAAGCAAGAAAAGUACAAUAGAAGGUUUAUUAUUAGUGGAUAAAUCAGAACCCAUCAAAGAUGAGCUUGAAGGUGAUAGACAAGGGCAAUGGUUGCGUAGAAGAAGAUUAGAUGGAGCAUUGAAUAGAGUUCCAGGAGAAUUUUAUAAACGUGUUUGGACAAUACUAGAAAAAUGUAAUGGAAUAGCAAUCGAUGGAAAAUUACUUGCUCAAAAUUUAACUCAGGAAAUGACAUCUGGUGAGUUAAAAUUUGCCCUGGCUGUAGAAACUGUUCUCAAUUGGAUUCCAUAUCCAGAAUACCGACAAUUAAUUGUGGAAACUUUGAUGAUUUUUACAUUGUACGCAGAACAUGAAAUUUCACCCAAGUCACGUGGAAUAAUAACGGUUGAAGAAUUUGUUCAUAGAGCAAAUGAUUUGUUUCUUCAAGAUCAAAUGAACAUUGAUGGGGAUGCUACAUUAUGUUGUGCAAAAUUUCCAAAAGAAUUGACUAGCACUGGUACUUUAUUAUGUGGCGGUGCAGCUUAUAUCUGUCAACAUUUUUAUGAUAGUGCCCCCAGUGGAAGUUAUGGGACAAUGUCUUAUAUAAUUAGAGCAAUUGCGUCUUUGUUGGAACCAUCAUUGAAAUCCAAUAUUGAUUGUUCUAUAUCAUAGUUAAUAUUAAUUUUUUCUUACAUACUUAUAUAAGUUAUUUAAUGAUUGAAUUAUUAUUUAUUAACUAUUGAUUUUAUCAUUAUUGUUUAGUUGUUACAUGUUUUAUAUAAUAAUUCAGUUUCGGAAUACAUAUAAAUAUAUAUUUUUACAUUACCAAUUCCAAAAAUAUAUUAUUAAAACAUGUAAUUUAUAAUUAAAGUAACUAUAAAUAAUGCGC